AUGCGUGGGCGAGACGAGGCGGGCCCCUCGCGCGCCUGGAAACGAGCGCGGGCAGACUCAUACCUGGAUGAGGAAACGCGCAAACGUGUUUCCGAGGCGCAGAUGUAUGCGGAGCCAGAGCACCCUAGCACGCGAUUCCACUGGCGCAAAAAAGAAGCGCAAGAAAAGCAACGUGGGGUCUCGCACGCGGACGCUGCACUGCGCGACGCGCAACGCAAAGCGGAGACGGCACGGGAAGUGGAACGACUCCAUAUACGCCGUGCGCAGCGUGAGCGUGCGCAGCGCGAACGCGAAGAAGCAAAAUCGCGCAACGCAAGGAACGCCGAUGACGCGAAAAUGGCCGACUGGGUCGCGAAAGAAGACGAGUUCCUGCUAGAGCAGGCGAAACUGCGCGCAAAGAUUCGACUGCGCGACGACCGUGCCAAGCCAAUUGAUGUGUUGGUCGUAAACACCCUCUGGGCCAACCCCCAGCAAACAAGCGCCGACGUAGAGACAGAAGAAGAAGCGGGCCUCGGUGCGGACCUCGCGGAGCCAACUGCACUAAUGAAUGAGCUUAUGCCCGUGGAACUUGAAGAGCUGCAUCAUGAUAUCCAAACUUUUUUGCGCCUGGAACGCGACCCCGAGCAGCUUUCCUUUUGGCGCCACGCGCUUAUUGUCGUCGACGACAAAUUGCACACACACCGUGGCGAAAGUACGUCGCGUGUGGACCGCGCCAUUGAUGCCGAGAUCAAUACCAUGCUCUCGCACAAAACAGCGGCAGAGUUGAGCGAGCUUCAAGCGCAGAUCCGCGCAAAAUUGCGAUCUGGCGAGCCGAUCGAAGUAGAGUAUUGGGAGUCGCUGCUCCGUCGCACAGUCGUAUGGCGGAGCAUUGCCACCUUGCAAACAUGCCACGAAACGGUCUUAGAGCACCGCGUAGCGCAGCUUCAACGGCUGCAGCGCACGGAAGCGAAGCGGCACGAGGCUGCCGUUGCCGAGCAGAUCCAAGCGCCCGCGUCGGCGCCAGCACCGUCGAGCCGUGUGUGGAAUGCAGACAUGGAGCCUUCUGCUUACGAUCCUGCGCAGCUUACCUACGAAGAGCGCCUUCUUCCGGUGUGCACGCUUGAUAAGCAGCGCCAAGCGCUUAAAGAGGCGCGUGCAAAAGUCCUCAAUGCGCGCUUUGUCCCGCGCAACAUGCCUGCGCGGCACCGUGCAGACGAUGCGCAAGAAAGCAUUGAAGACGCGCUCUACCGCAUGGAGUCUGAGCGCGCGAUGGGUGUCGAGGAGGAGAUAUUUAACGAGGAUGUGCGCCUCGGCGUGCAUCCUGCAUGGGCGGACAAGUUCCGCGCAAGGAAACCGCGCUACUUUAACCGCGUGCAUACUGGCUACGAAUGGAACAAGUACAACCAAACGCACUAUGACGCAGACAAUCCUCCGCCCAAGAUUGUCCAAGGGUAUAAGUUUAACAUUUUUUACCCCGACUUGAUCGACCCUACCAAAGCGCCGACUUAUCGCAUAUUUCGCGAGCAGGACGCGGAAAAAACUGCGCAUGAUACAGUCUUGCUCCGCUUCAGUGCCGGGCCGCCGUAUGAGGAUAUUGCGUUCCGGAUUGUGGAUCGCGAGUGGGAAUACUCACAUCGGCGCGGAUUUCGCAGCAGUUUUGACCGUGGCGUGCUACAGCUCCACUUCAAUUUUAAGCGGCUCAAAUACCGUCAGUAG